GAUCAAUUUGGAUGUUGAACGAAUAGGGAAAAGAUAUGGGAUUACAAGAAAAACACAGGUGAGGAUAGAAAAGAAACAGUAUAAAAAGAGGGUGUAUCACUGACAUUUCCAGCCAGAAGUCCUAACUGCAGUCUUCACCCAGUCCUACUCUCUCAGCUUCUUUUUCAGUACUAGCAGCAACAGCCAGCGAACGAACGAAAGAGCGAUGAAACUCCUCACCCUCAUCCCAUUCUUCCUCACCACUCUCACCUACGUCAUCGCCAUACCCCUCGCGUCUCCCCAAGAAAAUGCAGACUGCUCCGAGAACCACAACCACAUCCACUGUCUCCUUCGGCGUUUCCCAACGAACGAACCAGACUGCUCCGAACACCCGAUUCACUGUCUCCUCAAACGCGCUGCCACACAAGAGGAAGAAGAAGAAGAAGAGGAACCCGAUUGUUCCGAACAUCCGAUUCAUUGUCUUUUGAAGAGGGUUGCUACUGCUGCUGCUGCUGAGGAGCAGGACGAGCCGGAUUGUAGUGAAGCUCCAAUUCAUUGUCUCUUGAAGAAACGGAUCCCGCAGGAUUGUGCUGAUCACCCUAUUCAUUGUCUCGUCGAACGGGCUGCUCAACCAGACGCAGACUGUAGCGAGCAUCCGAUUCACUGUCUCUUGAAACGCGCUGUGCGGGGAGAAGGAGAACCCGAUUGUAACGAACAUCCGAUUCAUUGUUUGUUGAAGAGAGCUGCACAGGAGGAAGGGGAACCUGAUUGCUCUGAACAUCCGAUUCAUUGUCUUUUGAAGAAGGCUGCUGAACCGCAGGACGAGCCUGAUUGUAGUGAAGCCCCGAUUCACUGUUUACUUAAACGUGAGCUUUGAUUCGCGCAAGCUGCUGUGAUAUGUUGAGGGCAGAAUUGGUAAGCCCUGUUGUUUGCUAUUGUAAUUUGCAUAGAUUCUUGAAUAGCGCUAACUGACAUAUGUUAGUAGAACGUCUGUGCAAGAUUUGGGUUAAUUUGAUCUGGGAUGAAUAGUAUAUACGUAGCUUCUCGGAUGCGUCUAGAAUUGUUGGGUUCUGGAGUUGGUAUGCGUGAUCUUUGUAUUUAAUUAUCCUCGUGUUUCUUUUGUGUUUCGUAACUGAGGUUUCAAUGCUUCUUAAUGACGUGAAAAAGAAGACGAUGUUGACGAGGAUGUCGUCUAUAGCCAGUUAUCAUCGGAGCUCAAGCAUCAACCGUUCAUAGCCUAAAUGCAAAUACUUCCAUCCGACGACGGCACAGCUGGUACGUUCGUUCCGUUCGCUCGUAGUAUAUAUAUCCGUUAUGCUUGGCCAAUAGAGCGUAAUAGACUAGAAUAGAGCACGGCAGGCAACCUUUCAUGUGGCUGCAUGAACAUGUGACUGGCUAUGUGAGAAAACACAAAUGGAGGGAUAAAAAGGGAUAAAAGAGUAAGAUUCUAUGAAACAAAGUUUUCGAAACCGCCGAUUGCCGGGGAGGGUAAGAAGAGAUGUGUUAGAUUCGCGUUCUUAAGCCGUACUAGUGGGCGGCAGAAUCGGUAGAUGACGCUGGAGCACACAGCGAGGAAGAGCUUUAAGAAGCGAGAGGAGAGA